AAUGAACGUAAAUAAGCCUUUUUGCACUACAUAUACGUUAUGCUAUUCCAUCAACUCUCCAUCCCCAUCUAAGCGAAUAUGGAAAAAACAGUUUGCUUAAUUUCUCUUUCCUUCCUCUUCAACUUCAUCAUCUUCUUUGGUUCGCCAUCAAACGCCAUCUCCUCCUGCAAUGGCCCGUGUCGAACCCUUAAUGACUGCGAGGGCCAGCUCAUUUGCAUUAAUGGCAAGUGCAACGACGACCCAGAUGUUGGCACCAACAUAUGCGGUGGAGGUGGAGGUGGAGGCGGAGGAGGAGGCGGAGGCGGCGGAUGCAAGCCCUCUGGUUCCUUCACAUGCAAUGGCGAAACUAAACCUAUAUAUAAAUGUUCACCACCAGUGACAUCCUCAACAAAAGCUAUUUUAACUUUGAAUGAUUUUAGUGAAGGUGGGGAUGGAGGAGGACCAUCUGCAUGCGAUGGGCGGUACCAUGACAGAUCAGAGAGUGUAGUGGCGCUUUCCACAGGAUGGUUUAAUGGGGGAUCGAGGUGUGGGAAGAAGAUAAAGAUUACUGCUAAUAAUGGGAGGAGCACGACGGCUAAGGUGGUGGAUGAAUGUGACUCUAUGCAUGGAUGUGAUCGUGAGCAUGCAUGGCAGCCCCCGUGUGACAACAAUAUUGUCGACGGCUCCGACCCUGUGUGGGAAGCUUUGGGUUUGAACAAGGAUCUGGGUAGAGUGCCUGUUAGAUGGUCCAUGGCAAAUGAACUUGUCUCUGAUAUAUAAUAAUAAGAUUGAAGACAAGUCUAUUGUAUCUAUUUGACGAGGGAAUAAUGAUAACGUAAAAUAAAGAUUUAGUCUUUUUAAAAUACAAUUUUAUUUAA